AUGAUUGUAAGGCGUUUUUUUUCAAUCUCGAGUCGCACAUCCUUCUUGAAGAAACCUCAGUUUGAUGUGAAAAAAAUAAUAGAGAUGAUACCUCAGUAUCAAAUCUCCAUUCAAAACAGAGAGCUGAUAGAAGCUGAUAAUAUCAUACUAGGUUUGCAACGGCUGGCUGAGCGAUACCAACAUGCGAAAAAAAUUAAUAAAGCCAUUGCAGAUAUUCAAAUACAAAGGAAAUCGAUUGAAGCACAAAUUAAAAAGGAUAGAACAAAAAUUACAGAAUACUCGGCCGCUUUGAAGGCUCUUAAAGAGCAAUAUCAGGAUCAAGAUAACCAGCUUUUGGAGCUGAAAAGUAAGAUCUCAGAGACUUGCAAAUCACUCCCAAAUCUUUUGGAUCCUACGGUUCCGUCAAAGACACCGCACAUUGAGCAAUGGGUGAAUCCCUUAAAAGUAUAUGAGAUUUCAGAAGCCCGGGCACACGUGGAUAUAAUGCUCAAAAAGAAAAUGCUGGAUUUGCAGAGUGCCUCCAAUAUUGCAGGAAUGUCAUGGUACUAUCUACUGAAUGACGGUGCACGUCUCGAACAAGCCUUGGUGUCAUAUGCUUUGAAAAGGGCAAACGAAAACGGAUUUGCGAGCUGUGUGCCACCAAGCAUUACGAAAAGAGAGUUGAUAGAUGCAUGCGGGUUUAAUCCAAGAGACAUGAAUAAUGAAAAGCAAAUUUAUACGCUGCAAGACACCAACUUAGGAUUGGUUGCUACUGCAGAAAUAUCCAUGGCAGGUUUAGGCGCAAACAAAGUCCUAGAUUUAAACUCUGCUGAGGGUGUUAAGAAACUAGUGGGAAUAAGCAGGUGUUACAGAGCUGAAGCGGGUGCCAGGGGUAAGGAUACAAAGGGUCUUUAUCGUGUUCAUGAGUUUACCAAAGUAGAAUUAUUUUGUUGGAGCAAGCCCAAAAAUAGUGCAGAGAUUCUUGAGCAGAUAAAGCAGCUUCAAAUUUCAAUAGUUGAAGAAUUAGGACUAUCGGCCAAAGUACUAAAUAUGCCUUCAAAUGAUCUUGGUAAUCCUGCUUUCAAGAAAUAUGACAUUGAAGCUUGGAUGCCAGGAAGAGGUAAAUUUGGUGAAAUAAGUAGUGCCUCCAAUUGCACCGAUUUUCAGAGUAGAAGAUUAAAUACAAAGUACCAGAAUGAUAACACAGGAAAGCUAGAGUACGUGCACACACUAAAUGGGACGGCAAUGGCCGUGCCAAGGGUGAUGUUAGCGCUGGUAGAAAACUUUUAUGAUCCCAGCAAUGGUAAGAUAUAUAUCCCUGAAUGCUUGAGGGAGUUCAUGAAUGGCCAGCGAUAUAUUUAA